UGGAUUGUCAUAAUCAGAUAAACAAUGGGACUUUGAAAAAGAUACACUUACAAGGAAUAUUCUCAGAUUAUACGUAGAUCCACGGCACCGGAUGCUAUGAGAUAACGUAAUAUAAUGAAACCAGAAACACCUUGCUGUGAAUUAUUAGAUGACUUGUACUUAGAACCCAUUACGUGGGACAAAACACGAGUACUUCAAAAUUUUAACAGAGCAGGGGAUCAUUCCAUUGAGGGAUGGACUGUUUAAGGGUAAACGCAACGACUUCAAAAUGCUUUGUCCCUUUUUUGUUUCUGUCACUCAUUGCUGGAUGUGCUGCAAGGCCUUUCUAUCCCCUUCCUAGUAAAACAUCCAAUGAAAAUAGACAGCCUAUACAAACCUCACGUCCAUAUAAUAUUGCACAUCGAGGUUCAAAUGGAGAGAUCCCUGAAGAAACUGCUGCUGCAUACAUGAGAGCUAUCGAAGAGGGUGCAGACUUUAUAGAAACAGAUAUCUUAUCAUCCAAAGAUGGUGUUCUUAUAUGUUUUCAUGAUGUCACCCUUGAUGAGACAACUGAUGUCACAAAACACAAAGACUUUGCAAACCGUAAAAGGACCUAUGAGGUUCAAGGGGUAAACACCACAGGCUUUUUUACUGUUGACUUCACUCUAGAAGAAUUAAAGAAGUUACGGGUGAAGCAAAGAUACAUAUUUCGGGAUCAACAGUAUAAUGGAAAGUUUCCGAUUAUUACUUUUGAAGAGUUUAUUUCAAUUGCACUGGAUGCACCAAGAGUUGUCGGAAUCUAUCCUGAGAUUAAAAAUCCAGUGUUUAUCAACCAGAGAGUAAAAUGGCCAGAUGGAAAGAGAUUUGAGGACAAGUUUGUGGAGACACUUAAGAAGUAUGGAUAUAGAGGUUCAUACAUGUCAAAAGAUUGGUUCAAACAACCUCUAUUUAUCCAGUCCUUUGCCCCUACUUCUCUUGUGUACAUAUCAAAUCUGACAGACUCGCCAAAAAUCUUCUUGAUUGAUGAUGUUACGAUUCCGACUCAGGACACUAAUCAGUCAUAUUGGGAAAUUACGUCAGAUGAUUAUCUUGACUUCAUUAAGGAAUAUGUGGUUGGUAUUGGACCCUGGAAAGAUACAGUGGUUCCUGUAAAAGACGAUUAUUUGCAGACACCAACAGAUCUUGUUGCCAGAGCACACAGCCAUAAUCUACAGGUGCAUCCAUACACUUAUCGGGAUGAAAACGUGUUCUUGCACUUCAACUUCCAUCAAGACGCAUACCAGGAAUAUGAUUACUGGCUAACCAAGAUAGGAGUUGACGGACUUUUUACAGACUUCACAGGUAGCCUCCACAAGUUCCAGGAGUGGACCUCUCCUCUCUCUCAAAAUGAUGGCAGCGAUAAGGGUAGUGCAUCUAAAUUAUUGGACAAAAUUGAGUUGUUGAUUACUUCAUAUAAAAAUGGGUAAGACAAUAGAUUGUAUCAUAUCUGUGUCAUCCUAAGUACAGCUUGUAUGCCAAAAAUAUUGGAAUUCCUUCAAUGAAGGUGAUUCAGGUCAUCUGAUACAACUUUUAUGCAUAGCCAAAUUCCACCCCUUGAA